AUGUACAAAUACGCGAUAAUUCUUGCUCUCUUAAACCUUGCCACAUGCGAAGAGCGACCGCAUAAAACCCAUUAUGUGGAUCCCUUCGCGAUGAUCGAUAAACAUUUAUCACAUUCCUUGGCUUAUCAUUAUUUAUGGCCGUGGGGACAACUCCUCAAAGCAGCAGCAGCUCUGGACUUGGAAGAAAGUUUGGAAGACCCUCAAAUAAUAUCGGAUUCAGAGAAAUACCAAGUUAAUUUAAUUGUCAGACGGUUUAAGCCAGAUGAAUUGAAGAUUAAAGUUAAAAACCGAUAUAUCAUUGUUGAAGGAAAGCAUAGAGUAGCAGACAAUGAUAACAAGUUUAUGGCAAAUCAUUUUGUACAGCGUUUUGUUUUACCACCAGGAACUAAGCAGGAAGAAGUCAAAGCAGUAAUAAAUGAGAAGGGCGUUCUGUCAAUCUCUGCACCAAAACAUGAAUUGCCGCCACCGCUGCCAGAACGGGAGGUGCCUAUUGAGGUAAUACUACCAGAGGAAAAACCUGAAGCAUCAUCAGAAAAAGAAGAAAUAAAAGAGUCUAUGCUUUUAUCUUCUUCCGCCUCUCCGAUUUUAUCUUCUUCCGCCUCUCCGAUUGAACAGAUCGAAACAGAGGCCACUACGCAUGUCGGCAAAAUCAGAAAGAAAGAAUUGAAAACGACGACGAAAACUGCGAAAGACAACGAAGUUACGAAAGGGUUUUAUGGAAAUGGUCUAGAUUACGCUUUAAUCGAAACGGAGGAG